GACUGCAAAAUUAAAUAGAAAUAAAUAAACAAUAUGGCUUCCUUGAGGCAGUUACCGAAAAUAAGCAUACUAGAUAAACCGUUGAGUAAAGGACGAUGCGAGGUAAAUAUCAGUACGUAUGCUCUUCUAUUUUCUGAAAUAGUACAGUAUUGCCAAAAUCGAGUUUUAUCUGUUCCAGAACUUCAAGCCAAGUUAUCUCAGAUGGGAUAUCAUGUUGGGCAGCGGAUGGUCGAUGUUUUAUUUGUGCGGGAAAGGAAUUUCAAAAGAGAGACAAAACUGCUGAAUAUAUUAAUAUUCAUCAAGACUACCUUAUGGAAGAACCUCUUUGGUAAAGAGGCAGAUAAACUCGAGCAUGCGAAUGAUGAUAAAAAGACAUAUUUUAUUAUAGAGAAAGAUCCCCUGGUUAAUAAAUAUAUAUCAGUUCCUAAGGACAAAGGGAGUCUUAACUGUGCUGCCUUUAUUGCUGGAAUUAUAGAAGCAACUCUUGUGAGCUGCAAUUUUCCAGCAAAAGUGACAGUUCACUGGCACAAGGGCACAACAUUCAAAAUCUUGUUUGAUGAUUCUGUACUGGCAAGAGACCCUAAUUUAGAAGGGAAAUAAUUUGUAGUUUCAACGUAACCUGUAAAAAUAAAAGUUUUUUGUUU